GUUGUUCUCUGGUUUUCGGCCGAGAGAGCCCAGUCAAAUUGGACAUCUGCCCAAUGACGCACGUUCGUCGUCAAUUGGUUUCUGCACAACUGUGCUUGCAUAGUAUCGUGGUUGUUGCCAUACAACUAACAGCGCAUGUUCAGCUUAUCUUCUCUCCCAAACGGCCUUCCCCUUCAUGAAUCUUUGCCUCGCCCCCUCUAGGCCAUGCAGCAUCCAGCUCACGCUCGCCACCAUCGACUCGCGCCCGUUGCAAUUGACUCGAGUCUCUCGUUUGCAGUCUCAUUCCGUCUCUUCGCACGCGCAGCACCCACCGCCAACCACCCGCCAUGGCGAGCCGGCCACCGCCCGUGUUCGACAGGCGCCUUAAGCACCUCAUCCGCGUCCAGAUCCUCUCCCCGCUCUCCUUCCUUGUCUCCCUCGGCGCGCUCGCAAUAGGCAUGUUCAUCGCCCGCCCAUGCAUCUCUGACAUCAGCGCAAGGCACUGGACCUACAUCGCCCCGCGCGACAGCCUGCUCCUCAUUUACUGGGCCGCCAUAUACUUUGCCCAGAUCGGGUUCGCUCUGUAUAUCACCCUCUCCACCAGCAGCGUACGUGCACAGACACUCAUCUCCGCCGGCGUCGGCCUCCGUCUCGCAUUUGCCAACCUCAUGCUUGCCAUCUGGGUCCCACUGUGGCUACUAAACACGCACGCGACGAGCAUCGCCUCCACGGUCUUGCUGGGACUCGCAGCUCUCGGCCUCCUGUCGAGCGUGCUGUACAUCCAGGUUCGGCGUAGCGACCCAGUCAUCCGGCCGACGAUCAAGCACCGCCCCUUCGAGUGGAUAUGCGUCCACCUCCCCCUCAAGCUCUUCCUCGUCGUGCUCUUCCACGUCGACGUAUGGCAGCAGCUCUUUAUGGCCGUCGGCUUCGACUACGGCGAGGGCAAGCGCGCGCUCAACAAGAGCGUCUGGCCCACGUUCGCCGUCGUCACCAGCACCAGCGCGCUUGCCAGUAUGUGGAUUUUCGCCACGACAGACUUUGCGUGGUUCGCAGCGGCGGUCUACUUGUACAUCUCAAUCCUUUUCAACAGCGGUCCUGCGCCAUCGAAGAGCGACAGUAUCCCUGAUGGCGUGCUUCCCCCUCCAACCGGCUCUAACAACGGGCCCGACACGAGUUCUCCGCCGUCCCCGCCACCGCCGUCCAAAGCGUUGGACCGUCCGCCGGAGAUCUUUGCAGCGCUCGUCCUGGCCAUCGCGCUGCUCACCACCUCGUACGUCACCAGCAUCGCCUGGACGAGGCUCGGUGGGCGCCGCGAGGGCCAAAUCGCACUGCCGAGUGAAGAGCAGGAAGCCGCCGCCGCUGCGACUGCCGCUGCUGGCGAUGCAGACGGGAACACUGCGCGCAGGAGCAAGUCCGUCGCGCUGCGAAGCAGCCACACCGAGGCGGAGGCUGCGCAGGACGACGAGGACGAGCGCCGCCGUCUACUCGUUGCACAAGAGUCGACCCCUGCGCAGCUCGAACAAAGCGACAUAGUCAAUGAGGACGUCAAUGUCACGCGCAGGCUCGGUAGCGCCAGUGGCAGCUGACCGCUUGAUCGAUUGGUACACACACAUUGAAUCUUCGUUCAGUUCCUCCCGCGCACAAUACGAGAACGCAUAUUUAGUCUCGACGUUUCUCGAAUGCACUCCUCCGUGUACUUGUACCUGUGCAGAAAGCUCUGGCAUGUAUGUUCCCAGACACUUUGUAUGAAUUGCAAAGAUCACCCGCGCUGCUGAAGACAGAGUG